CCUUCAUGGAACCCACGCCAUAGGUGCAAAAUGACGCGUGGAAAAUUAUCAUUCCUUCUUUUCAGAAAGAUGUUUCGAUGACCAUUUUGUCAGAGGUUCGAAUCUGGUCAAUCAUGUUUCGGUCGGAGCAUGUCGCCCACCAUUCCAGAGGUCGGAAGUUCGAGUCCCCGCUCGGAGUGCUCGUGAGCCGUCCUUCUCUCCCAUUGAUUUUCUCCACCGUGACGGCAAUUUCUGCGUUACCAGCACGCACAAUUUUGCCUAAAAUACCAACAUCGACAAUUUCGCGUAACGAAACCGUGGAAAGGAAAAGAACAGAGCUAUAUAAUUCGAAGUUGACUUUAAAUUUAAGGGUUAGGAAAAGAAAAAUAUUGCGCGAAAAUCCCGACUUGUUGGAUUCACAGGUGCAAGGCUCGACUCGUGUGCGCAACAUUCGAAUUGUACAGAUCGUUGUGAUUUGAGGGUAAAAGUUUGGUCUUGAAAAAGAAAAAAAUAGAGAAAAGCACAAUUUGGUGGAGAUCCAAGGUUCGACCCGCGGGCGUGCCAUUAGGAUUGAAUUUGAAAUACAGAUCAUAGAGGAAGUGGCAUGGCACUGAUGCUUGUGAAUUGUUCAGGCUGUCGGACGCCGCUGCAGCUGCCGCCGGGGGCCAAAUCAAUACGCUGCGCGAUAUGCAAGGCGGUUACUCACAUUGCCGAACCUCGCGGGGCGCCCUACCCUCCUCAACCUUCUGCAUAUUAUGGACAAGGUUUUCAGCCACCGUCGGCCCCUAUGCCCAAUCCUCAACAGUACUCCCCUGCGCCCCCUUCGUCCCAUGGCAAAAAGAAGGCCGUCAUCUGUGGCAUCUCAUACAGAUAUACUCGCUAUGAAUUGAAAGGUUGCUUAAAUGAUGCCAAGUGCAUGAAGUAUUUACUUAUAAACAAGUUCAAAUUCCCGGAAUCUUCCAUCCUUAUGCUCACUGAAGAGGAAAGAGAUCCUCUUAGAACUCCGACAAAGCACAACAUGCGGAUGGCAUUGUUUUGGCUUACGCAAGGUUGUCAGGCAGGAGAUUCAUUAGUGUUUCAUUAUUCUGGACAUGGGUCACAACAGAGAAACCGCAGUGGAGAUGAAAUUGAUGGAUUUGAUGAAACUCUCCUUCCUCUUGACUUUGAAACACAAGGAAUGAUUGUUGAUGAUGAAAUUAAUGCAACAAUAGUCAGACCUCUUCUACCAGGUGUUAGGCUUCAUGCAUUUAUUGAUGCCUGCCAUAGUGGCACAGUAUUAGACUUGCCUUUCCUGUGCCGACUAAACAGGAAUGGGCAGUUUGUGUGGGAGGACCAUCGCCCACGGACAGGUGUAUGGAAAGGAACAAAUGGUGGGGAAGCCAUUUCCAUUAGUGGAUGUGAUGACAACCAAACUUCUGCUGAUACAUCGGCUCUGUCAAAAAUCACGUCAACUGGAGCCAUGACGUAUUGCUUUAUUCAAGCAAUUGAGAAAGGAUUUGGAACAAAUUAUGGAAGUCUUUUGAAUGCAAUGCGUAAUACCAUCCGUGAAACAGGGGCAAGUUCUGGUGGUGGCCCUGUGACUAGUCUGAUCACCAUGCUUUUAACUGGAGGCAGUUAUAGUGGUGGACUUACCCAGGAGCCUCAGCUGACAUCCACAGAACCAUUUGAUAUCCAUGCUAAACCAUUUUACCUUUGAAGGUAACCUGAUGCAAAGAAAUGCUGUCUUGUUUGACCUUUGGCAGAGAGCAAGGAAUAUUGUUAGAAGAAGCUGUUCUGUUGUUUUAUAGAGUUGCUUUUUAAUUUGUAUUUUCCAUCACUCUUUCACGAUGGUUUGGAGACAUUCAAUAAGAAGAAGCUUGGAAGUUUAUAUGUUAAUUUGCAUAUACUUCUCAAUUGGUUGGAGUGUGCACAAACAUGUUAAAACUCUUUUAUGUAACAUUUUAACAAUUUAAUUGCAGUAAGAAAGGUUUUUCUCAUGGACA